GUGGAGUGGGGGCGCAACGUUGCCAAACUUAAAAGUGUUGCUACAAAAGCUUACAAUGCAUGUGAAUACAAUUAUUUUCUAGCUAUUUUAAGUACACAUAAGCUGAAUUUGUUUUAUUUUCAAGCAAUAUUGCUUUAAAUUACUAGAAAACUAAUGUAGCGCCAUCUAUUAUUAAUAAGCGACACUAACUUUGUAUAGUUGCCAUAUCAUUUUAAACUUGAAUGUUGCCAGCGCCAUCUAUUGGCAAUAUAUAAAUCUUACCAAAACCCUGGUGCGCUUGACAAUAAUAAUUAUUCUGACAUGCCAUUCCAUUCGUUAUUUGUCCCUUUUUUCAAGGAGAUUCACCUCGCAGGUGCAUUUUUUUCCCUUUAAAUACCUGCUCUUUGUGUUAACGAACGUGCUUUAAUCAAUUGCCAGUGCCACAAAGUCCAUUGCCGCACGAAAAUUAUGCCAACGAGGCCGCACCCAAUCAAGAGUUAAGUUCCAGUUAGUCAUGGACGAAGGUACAUUGAACGACCUCCUGGAAUGUUCAGUUUGCCUGGAUAGGCUGGACACCAGCAGCAAAGUACUGCCCUGCCAGCACACGUUUUGCCGGAAAUGUUUGCAGGAGAUCUACCAGAAGCACAAAGAGCUACGGUGUCCGGAAUGUAGAGUUUUGGUCACGGUGAAAAUCGAAGAUCUACCCCCCAACGUCCUCCUCAUGCGCAUCUUGGAAGGCAUGAAAAAUGCGUCAGCAGUUGCAACACCCCCGAAAAAGACCCCGAAGCACCCGGCCGACCCCUCCAUCGAUGUACUAGAAUAUCUAAAAAAGGAGGCCAAAAAAGAGGUGAGAAGGAGCAACCGGUUGGCCAACAAGCACCAGGCCGUAAUGCCCACUCAGCCUUUCGCCAAAGCCUUAUACGAUUACGCCCCAAAAGACUCAGGCGAUUUAUGCUUCAAAAAAGGCGACAUUAUCAUAUUGAAGCGAAAAAUUGAUGCUCAUUGGUAUCAAGGCGAGUGCGCGGGCAAACAAGGCGUUUUCCCUUUGAGCUAUGUUCAAAUUAUCACUCCAGUACCGAGUCACGUGCCUCAAUGCAAAGCCUUGUAUGAUUUCCGCAUGAGCAACGAUGAAGAAGAAGGCUGUUUAGCUUUUGGCAAGGGUGACGUCAUCAAUGUCAUUAGACGAGUGGACGAAAAUUGGGCCGAAGGCAAAUUAGACGGCCGAAUUGGAAUUUUUCCUUUGGCUUUUGUUGAAAUGAACAAUCUGGCACGGUCUUUGAUGAAACUAUCUACCAAUGUCCAACCAGGUCCAUCUAAAGUGGCACCGCCAACUCCCACAACUGAAGACAGCGUGCCACUGAUACCAACUGAUCAUACAACUUCAGUGACUCAGAUAGCUAAUAAUGCGGCUUCUAGUAGUUCAAGUACCACUCCUAACGUUUCUUCUAGUAAUACGUCUAGUAGUUCUAGUACUGCGCCUUCUUCGCCCGCUAGUCCACCUGCCAGGCCGUCACCGAGAAAUCAUCACAACAAGGAAAAACGGCACAGUUUGACUAAUAUGACUGUGCCUCAUCAUAACAAUGUGCAUCGUCAUUCGGCCGAAAUAAUCCAGUCUGCUUCCUCCUCCUCAAGCAAAUUGCAACUGCCUGCAACCUUUAUGGCCCUUUACCCUUACAAGCCCCAAAAACCAGACGAAUUGGAAUUGAAAAAGGGCGGCAUUUAUAGGGUGUCAGAAAUAUGUCAAGAUGGUUGGUAUAAAGGCACUUCUAACCGUACGCAAAAAUGUGGCGUGUUUCCAGGCAAUUACGUCACUCCAGCUCGCGGCCAACCGGCUUCGGACUCUGUAAGUAAGGGUGCGCGCACACGUCCUUCUUUGGACGCUGCGCCCCCCGAGUUGCCUCCCAGAGCCUGCACGCCUCCGCCAAUUACUAACAAGUGUGACAAGUCAAAGGAGAGGAAAGAGAAGGGAGGCCUUAUGAAGCGGUUGACCAGCAUGAAACGGCCCAAAAGUCCUCCAGGGUCUUCAUAUUCGAUGGACAAUCCGGUUUUUGAAGAUGCUACUGUUGCAGCGCCUGCGCAUCCUGUACAUGUCAGGUCAGGUUCCUGUCCAAGUCAGCUGUUACAGCUCCAACCAAUAGAACACCGUCUUUUUGGUUCGGCCUCUCACCGAGUAAAACACAAAGAACGACCGUCGAUUUUAACUCACAGUUCCAGGUCAACUGAAAUUGCCAGUUCGAAUUCGAGCCCGGACGUGCACCGGCACCACAAAUCCCAAUCGCUAGAUGCUACUAAACACCCGAAAAGUACCACUCAAAAUGUGCAUGAAAGGUUCAGGUGCACUACACCAUAUCCGCCCAAUAGUGAAUAUGAAUUGGAGCUGCAAAUCAACGAUAUUAUUUACGUGCACAAAAAACGAGAAGAUGGUUGGUACAAGGGUACCCAACAGCGUACUGGCAAGACAGGCCUGUUUCCCGCUAGUUUUGUUGAAGGUUUCUAAGGUUUUUUGAGUAAUUUUUGGGACCCAAUUUAUAAAGGCGGCCUUUCGUUUAAAUCCGUACUAGACUUAAGUAGUUUUGUAGGGUGCAGCAAUAAUUUGGAUUUCAUCUCUCAUGUGUUCAUAUGUAUUAAUUAGGCAAUUUUUCGUGAGGAUAAUCUAGCAAGCUGGAUUAGGUGUUGUGUCAAUUGUGUCAUACUCUCUCACCAUCAAAUUCUGGGAUACUUGAAGAUGAAGAACCCUUAAUUUCUUCUGUGAGAACAGACACCUCUUAAGAUCACAAAAGUGUUCAGUAACCCUUGUAGAGACAAAAUAAUGUGUGCUAAUAGUGACGUCACUCGCAGACCCAGAAUUUGACGGAGAGGGAGUUAAGAUUGACACAUCAUAUAUAUUCACAAAAAUUGCCUAUUGUUAAGUUUUCAGGUAGAUUCACAACCAAAUGUGAACCUGCCUUUAGGAUAAGUAGCAUAAUAUAGUAGGUAGUUCUGGAACCUCUAGACUUUUUUUUUAAUUUAAUAUAUUAUCCAGAAAUCUACUUCUUUUUAAACUAAUUUUUUGUAUUUAAUCGUCAAUAUUUAUUUGCUUAAUUAAUUUAUUAUUGUAGGAUGAAUAAAUAAAUAAUUUUCUUUUUGAGUAAAAUCAAGGUUUUUUAUUAAUUUUUCCAGUUAAACAACCAAUAGCUGGGAGGUUCUCGGUCCAGAAAAAUGCUCAGCAAUGUAAGGACGCUAAUGGAAAAACACAAUAUGGCACAGCAAUUGAGAAAAACGUGCAAAUAGCCGUUUUGAGACCAUUUUUCAAAUAAUUCUGUCAAUAAGUUUUGGAAAUAUUGCAUUAAGGCUGUGAAUUCAAUCCUGAAACACAAAUUAUUAUUAUUAUAAUUAUUAUUGAGGCUUCAACUCUAACCUUAUUUGACUAAAAAUAUCACAUUGAGUUUGAGCUAGAAAAUCCAAGUCCGGCUCAAAGUCCUCCUUCAAAGGAGUCUCAUCCAACUUUUCCACAUCAUCCAGAGUAUUUUCUUUUAUUUUAUUCAACUCCAUGCCUAAGCUGCGUAUUUAAAAAACUCAAUUAACAAUUUUGGGCCAAUUUGCAAAAUUUCUUACUCUAAUCUAGUAGGCCUGCUUUUGGCUAGAGUAGCUCUAAAAGACAAAUCCGAUGUUCUCCUGUUGAGCUUAAAAUUCUCAGGUUGCUGACUCAAAUUGACUGCGUCGGCGCUAGCCCUACGUUUACCCAUUAGUUUUUUGUCUUUGGCAUUUGCGUCAGGCUCUUGCAAAACUCUUCUAUAAAAUUACAAAUUUUCCAAUUAUUGAAUCUCGUGUACUUAAAGUUUUUACUUGGUAUAUUGCAAUUGCCUUCUAGAAGAAUCGCGUUGUUGCUUCAAGGCUUGCACGUGCCCUACCAUCAAUUGCACUGAUUCGGUUAGUCUUUCUUCGUGCUGGACUGCUCCGAAUCUUUCUGCAGCUAUUGAAACUAGCGAUGCGGCAUUUGUCAGUGUAUCAACCUAGAAUUUCACGUUAUCUAGUCUUUUAACAACAACAAGAAAACUCACAUUAAAAAGUAUAUUGAAAUUAGAAAGUGUCAGUCUGUAACAGGAGAAAUAAAAGAUGUGGCGCCCGAGCAGGGACCGUUCUGCGUAUGUCAAUAACAUCAGCCUAUGACCGAAGAGACUACGUCAUCAUCUGUCCCCCGUUUUACCGAGUGACCGAUUGUUUUUGAGACCGACUGCUGGAUUAACCGAAAGAUAAGUACCAACCGCCCGUUAAGCUGCCACAGUUUAAGGAAAAACCCGUUACAAAUUUGGCAGCCAGAUCAACAUAGAGUUAGUCUUAAAGAGCUUAAAAGUAAAAAUUCAUUGUGAGCGAGACAUGGUUAAGACCUGAAGAAGAAAAAUUUGUUAACAUAUCGGAUUACAAUGCAUGCUAUGUUAGUAGAAACAAACACGGUGGGGGUGUAGGCAUUUUCAUAGACAGAACGAUCCCAUUAAAAAUAAUAGAGGAACACAACUCAGAUCUGUUGAUACUUAAAAUACAUCGUUUGGGGAACGUCACUUGAUUUAAUCCAUCAAAAGAUUAGUCAUUCCAAGAUAGGGAUGGGGAUUAGGAAAAGAAUGGUCAAGUUUUAAACAGAUGAUAUAUUUUCUAUUUGAAGAUGCAGGGGUCUAAAUUCACAUUUAUAGAGAAAAAACCUGGGUAUAAAGCUAAAGAAAAAAAGCAUGAAGAAGAAAUCAGGCAUCUGAUGCAAAUGGGCACAGAAACUAAGUCACACAAUUUUGCAGCUGCGAAACUAUUGAAGCUACAUUGAAAUCAUCCACAGGAGGUUUGUAGAGAAUUUGAUUGGCUUCAAUUUAAGCCUAACUACAUCAAGAUCGGAUCAAAAUUAACAAAGUUAUGACACAUAAUGUGUCAUUUUAAUAGAAAUCUAAGUCAAAAGGAUUUGCAGCUGCGAAACCAUUGAAGCUACAUUGAAAUCAUCCACAGGGGGUUUGUAGAGAAUUUGAUUGGCUUCAAUUUAAGCCUAAUUACAUUAAGAUCGGAUCAAAAUUAACAAAGUUAUGACACAAAGUGUGAAAUUUUAAUAGAAUUCUAAGUCACACAACUUUGCAGCUGCAAAACUAUUGAAGCUAAAUUGAAAUCAUCCACAGGAAAUUUGUAGAGAAUUUGAUUGGCUUCAAUUUAAGCCUAAUUACAUCAAUAUCGGAACAAAAUUAACAAAGUCAUGACUCAGUGUGUCAUUUUGCUAGAAAUCUAAGUCACACAAUUUUGCAGCUGCGAAACUAUUGAAGCUACAUUGAAAUCAUCCACAAGAAAUUUGAAGAGAAUUUGAUUGGCUUCAAUUUAAGCCUAAUUACAUCAAUAUCGGAACAAAAUUAACAAAGUUAUGACUCAAAGUGUGUCAUUUUGCUUGAAAUCUAAGUCACACAAUUUUGCAGCUGCGAAACUAUUGAAGCUACAUUGAAAUCAUCCACAGGAAAUUUGUAGAGAAUUUUAUUAGCUUCAAUUUAAGCCUAAUUACAUCAAGAGCGGAACAAAAUUAACAAAGUUAUGACACAUAAUGUAGUUAUGACACAAAGUGUGUCAUUAUGAUAGAAAUCUAAGUUACACAAUUUUGCAGCUGCGAAACUAGUGAAGCUACAUUGAAAUCAUCCAGAGGAGGUUUGUAGAGAAUUUGAUUGGCUUCAAUUUAAGCCUAAUUACAUCAAGAUCGGAUCAAAAUUAACAAAGUUAUAACAGAAAGUGUGUCGUUUUAAUAGAAAUUUGAGUCACACAAUUUUGCAGCUGCGAAACUAUUGAAGCUAUAUUGAAAUCAUCCAGAGGAAGUUUGUAGAGAAUUUGAUUGGCUUCAAUUUAAGCCUAAUAACAUCAAUAUCGGAACAAAAUUAACAAAGUUAUGACUCAAAGUGUGUCAUUUUGCUUGAAAUCUAAGUCACACAAUUUUGCAGCUGCGAAACUAUUGAAGCUACAUUAAAAUCAUCCAGAGGAAAUUUGUAGAAAAUUUGAUUGGCUUCAAUUUAAGCCUAAUAACAUCAAUAUCGGAACAAAAUUAACAAAGUUAUGACUCAAAGUGUGUCAUUUUGCUUGAAAUCUAAGUCACACAAUUUUGCAGCUGCGAAACUAUUGAAGCUACAUUGAAAUCAUCCACAAGAAAUUUGUAGAGAAUUUGAUUGGCUUCAAUUUAAGCCUAAUUACAUCAAGAUCGGAUCAAAAUUAACAAAGUUAUAACAGAAAGUGUGUCGUUUUAAUAGAAAUUUAAGUCAUACAAUUUUGCAGCUGCAAAACUAUUGAAGCUACAUUGAAAUCAUCCACAGGAAAUUUGUAGAGAAUUUGAUUGGCUUCAAUUUAAGCCUAAUUACAUCAAGAUCGGAUCAAAAUUAACAAAGUUAUGACUCAAAAUGUGUCAUUUUGCUACAAAUCUAAGUCACACAAUUUUGCAGCUGCGAAACUAUUGAAGCUACAUUGAAAUCAUCCAUAGGAAAUUUGUAUAAAAUUUGAUUGGCUUUAAUUUAAGCCUAAUUACAUCAAUAUCGGAACAAAAUUAACAAAGUUAUGACUCAAAAUGUGUCAUUUUGCUACAAAUCUAAGUCACACAAUUUUGCAGCUGCGAAACUAUUGAAGCUACAUUAAAAUCAUCCACAGG